AGAGUAUUUCUCAAACCUUAACCAAACGACAAAUACACACACACAUUUUCAAUUUCAUUACAAUACUCAAUUAAUAAUUUUGGGCAAUGGUUGAUACACGUCAACUACCUCAUUUUCUAUGUGUAUAAAUAAAUCGAUUCAUAUAUAAUUAAUUUAUAUAUAAGCAUAUACAAAUGUAUGUAUAUUUUUUUUUUGUCAACAGAGCUCAACUGAAGUUUUAUGACGAAAUUAAUGGCGAUUGCGGGGACUGGUAACAACACCUCUUCACUACCAGCUGCCUUGCUUCCGAGUCGACUCAGAUUCAACCCGAUGCCUUCCUGUUUGCGUGUAGUUAAGUCACCUCUCUCGAUUCCUGCAAGAAUUCGUCGCCGCCUUUUCACCGACAAAGUUCGAGCUUCUUCUUCUGCUGCCGUCGUCAUCGAAACCACUCCUGAUCCAAUUGUCGACGAGAAAAAGUUGAAUAUUCGCAAAAAUGUUUUAGCUUGCCCGAUUUGCUUCGAGCGAGUUAUUUGGAACGGAGAUUCUAACUUAUCUUUGGAAUCCGUAGCUCGGUCUAGUUUGGAGUGCAAAACUUGCAAGAAGUUAUACUCCGGCAAGGAUUCGCAUCUUGACCUGACAAUAACUGGCGGCGGCAAGGUGUACGGUGAACCUAUGCCAGCCUCUACCGAGCUUUUCCGGUUCCCUUUGGUAUCAUUUCUCUACGAAAGGGGUUGGAGGCAAAGUUUUUCGAUUUGGGGUGGUUUUCCUGGCCCCGAGAAGGAGUUUGAAUUGAUAAAGGACUACCUCAAACCAGUCCUAGGUGGCAGUAUAAUCGAUGCAAGUUGUGGAAGUGGUAUGUUUUCACGACUUUUCGCCAAAAGCGGAUUAUUUUCUCUCGUUGUUGCUUUGGACUUCUCCGAGACAAUGUUGCAGCAAUGUUACGACUUCAUUAAGCAGGAUAAAAACUUUCCCGAAGAGAACUUAAUCAUGGUUAGAGCUGAUAUUUCGAGGCUUCCGUUUCCUUCGAGUAGUGUGGAUGCUGUACAUGCUGGUGCUGCUCUGCACUGUUGGCCUUCACCAUCUUCAGCUGUUGCGGAAAUAAGCCGUGUACUGAAACCUGGAGGCAUGUUUGUUGCUACAACGUACAUUGUUGAUGGCCUGUUUUCGUAUCUUCCGCUAAGCAGACCUCUACGCCAGAACAUUGCACAAAUCUCAGGGAGUCAUGUGUUUUUGUCGGAGAAAGAAUUGGAAGAACUGUGUACGUCUUGUGGGCUCGUUAACUUUACGAGCACGAGAAAUAGAAUGUUUGUUAUGAUCUCAGCCAUGAAGCCUGUUGUAUAAAAUAAUAAAACUAAACUACUGUGUAAGAAAAGGAAUACCAGCUUGUUCUUCUUGGUUAUACGAUCGAUAUUCAAUGCCGUCGAUCGUGUAAAUUGUAAUACGAAUUUAUACCAGCUCGAUUGUUUGUUGUUAUAUGAUAACAAAAAAAUAAGAAAUCUAAGAUGGCUUUCAGAA